UGUCAACCAACUUUAAUUCCAUUAAGGGGGAGUAAAGUUUAUGUUCUUGAUGGAUCCAACUCUUACGAUUUGACUUGGAACUACAACACAGAUGGACGCACAAUCAAAGAGGUGCAGCUGAAAUAUAGUGGCACAGGAAAUGCUGAUACAACUGUGGCUGGAAGAACUCCCACGGGACAACUUCAAGUCAACCCAGGGAGUGGCUACUCAGAUAGCAGAAUCAGCUAUUCUGGAUCGUUGUCAGGAAAUGUAGGACAGUUCACUUUCCGUAUAUCCAACAUUGCUCAAAGUGACAACAGGAUAUUUAAAUGUGACCUAUCUUUCAACUCAUUUAAUCCCCCUGAUAUACAAAGCUCUAUUGAACUUGUAGUGGUCGGUAAGUACAAUAUUUAUUGUGCUCUGUAGAGUGCAAGCAAUUAAAUAUCCCUCUCCUUGCAGACACCUACCCUAGCCUCCCGUGCGGACAUUCUUAGGGGUUCGUCAUGGGUUCCUGUCCCACAAAAGUCUGCUAAAACGAUCAGUUACAUUUCUUUCCCAUUGUUCGCAAAUGUCAACUGGAGCUCAAGUGCUGACUAUUGGAGAACCGAUCGGCACUGUUGAAGUCAAAGUGUUGACCAGCCAAACAACACACACGCUCGGUAUGGAGUGUGAUACAGUUGCUGUACGUGACCAAAGAGUUUUGUUUCAGACAAGAAUGUAGGAGAUAAUGGUUCGAUUAUUUGUCUCGGUUUGAAGGUGUGCGAGUUGAUUGAGCAGUUUGUUCUAAAAGUAAGAUCUCUGAUCUUUUCUGAAGUCUUGCGCAGAAUUUGUCAAGGUCCAAAGUGGACUUCCCAGAUCGCAAGUGUGCUUUAAUUGGUCUACGAUUUUGCCCUCUCUUUUCGGCAGACGUUUGUGGGACAAAAACAUGUGACGAACCCCUAAGAACGUCUGCGUGGGAGGUACCCUGUUACCCUGAGGAGCAGUUUCCUGAGAGUAAAAGUCUUUGGUGCUUGGUACUAAGAAAAAGACCUCACUGA